UACGUGCUUCAUCGCGGACUUCCUUUCUCGUGUGGUGUGUCCAUGUGAGUUUGUGGCAGCGGGGAGCGACGUAGGGGUUACUGAAACAAAACAAAUUAAAAACACAAUUUCGACGAUGGAGGAUUUUGAAGAGGAGUCGGUGUCGGGUUCAGAGUCAGAAGGAAACGACUCUGUCAUGUCCGACGGAGAGCUUCAAGAAGCUUUCGCUAAAGGUCUGCUCAAACCGGGCCUUAACAUCCCUUUAGAAGCCAGGAAGAAAGCGGUCAACAACGUGGAGGGUUUGAAGCAGUGCCUGGCAGACUUCAAGAAGGACCUGGCCUGGGUGGAGAGGCUGGACUUGGCCAGCCGGCCCCUGCCUGAUAUCAUGGCCAAGGCAGACGGGAAGCUGACCACGCUGGACAGCGGAGAGAUCCACGCUGAGGACGACUUCCAGAGGGAGAUGUACUUUUACCGACAGGCCCAGGCAGCUGUUCUGGAAGCGUUGCCGCGGUUAAAGAAAUUCAAUAUUUCUACCAAGAGACCCGAGGACUACUUUGCUGAAAUGGCCAAAACCGACCAUCACAUGCAGAAGAUCAGAACCAAGCUGAUGGCCAAGCAGGCCUCCAUGGAGAAGUCGGAGAAGGCUAAGCAGCUACGAGAACUCAGGAAGUAUGGCAAGAAGGUUCAAACUGACGUCCUGCAGAAGAGACAGAAGGACAAGAAAGCCAUGAUGACGGCUGUGAAGAAAUACCAGAAAGGAAUGACUGACAAGCUGGAUUUCAUGGACGGGGAUCAGGAAAAGGGCAAGAAAGGGGCACCUGGAGCUGCUGGACCAAACGCAGCGAAGAAGAAGCGAGGACCCAAUGCCAAGAGGCAGUACAAGGACCAGCGGUUUGGAUUCGGAGGGAAGAAGCGAGGCUCCAAGUGGAACACAAAGGAGAGUCACGACGACAUGUCCGGGUUCCGAUCCAAAGCGGCGCACGGGAAGUCUGGCAAGAACUUCGGGAAAGGAGGGAAGCAGGGAGCGAGCAAGAGACCUGGCAAGAAUGCACGGAAGAAGAUGAAGAACAGAUCUUGAUGGAAGCCUUGCUGUGUUUUGUGAUCAGGACUCCAAGCUCAUGUUUCCACAGCCUUGCUCUGUUUUGUGAUCAGGACUCCAAGCUCAUGUUUCCACAGCCUUGCUCUGUUUUGUGAUCAGGACUCCCAGCUCAUGUUUUCACAGCCUUGCUGUGUUUUGUGAUCAGGACUCCAAGCUCAUGUUUCCACAGCCUUGCUCUGUUUUGUGAUCAGGACUCCAAGCUCAUGUUUCCACAGCCUUGCUCUGUUUUGUGAUCAGGACUCCCAGCUCAUGUUUCCACUGCCUUGCUCUGUUUUGUGAUCAGGACUCCAAGCUCAUGUUUCCACAGCCUUGCUGUGUUUUGUGAUCAGGACUCCAAGCUCAUGUUUCCACAGUGUGGAUGAUUUCUGUUAUGUUUUGUUUGUUAGGGUUGAAAGAUGUGCCUUUGAGAGACUGAUAUAACUGGAGUGUGUGGACUACCUGUGUGGUGGCUUUAUGGGAACCCUGUAAUCGGUGGUUCAGUAUAUCUGUGCAGGUUUCUACGUCUACCUAGAAUUUGCUGUUGGACACAGUCCAGUGUCACGUCCUGACUGAGCCAGGUUGGAGAUUUGUCCCGACUGCAUUUCAGUGAGUUCUCCAAAUUUGGUGGCCAGAGCCCUUUUUUAAAGAAAAAAAAAAAUCCAAUUGUUUUUGUUUUAUUUUUUAUUCCCCCCCCCCCCCCCAAAUUAGCAAAGUCCCAUCAUUACAAUGUAAUGUGUUGUCUAUUGUUCUGCAACGUGAAGCGAGUGUUCACAAACCCAUGUGUCUGCAAGCCUUGUCCAUCACUGGUUCUUUGGUCCUGUGUCCAUAGCUAAAGUAACGAGCACAGUCCUGUCCAGUGUCUUAUCUAGCGAUUGAUUGACUGUCCCGGCCCCCGUCCUGUUUGUUUAGGACUGCCUUGCUGGUAUCCCAGGAGGGAGUGGCUGUGCAGCACAAGCAGGGAGCAAGCCCCUGCUAAAUCGGCAGGGAACAGCUUAGAGGCUUCUCUCUCUUUUUUUUUUUUUCCUCCUGAGUUGUGGUCUUACCUUCCAGUUGGUAAUCAAUUGAAGACAUACAGACAUCACAAGUAAGCGUGUACGAUUCAUAGCUGACACACACCUGAUUAUUUGAGUAAAUAAUCUUGACUAGGUAAAGUGGCUGAAAUGACCUGUCUGCACGUUGAAUUUUUACUAAAUGUACCAACCAAGUAUAAAUAAACACAGUGAAAGGUCA